UACUCUGCCAUCAGCUGAGAGACGAAGUAGGUGCUCUCCACCUCGUUAUUUAUUGUGUUAUUUUACGGUGUCUAAGUGACGUCGCGCGUAUAUUGUCCCAAAUUCGUAAAGUUCGUUAUAUCUGCGUUUCUUCGGCUCUCCAAGAUCAUCGGUUUAACUUAGAAUAACGUCGAACAUGGGGAACGAAAAAAGCUACUACUGUCACUCGUGUCAUCGUCUGUACAGCGACACGACGAGACCACGCAUCUUGAACUGCGGCCAUAGUCUCUGCUGCGAAUGCAUAACUUACAAGAUUGAAACACAGCGCCUCUCAUGUCGAUUAUGCAGCACAAAGUUCAGGGCAACGAGUGUGACAGACAUCCCGGUCAAUUACAGCUUGGAAAACUGCCUCUCUGCCAUCAAGAAGUUGAGAUCUGGCUUGGCCCCGGAGCCACUCAUCACAGAGAAAGACAGUCACAGUGUGCAGGAGUUAAUCGACUAUCAGAAGCAGAGCACCCAGGAUCUCAUUCUUUCCUCCAAGGACUUAGUGGAGGACCUGACAAAGUACCUCAAUUUCUUGCACGAGAACAUGAAUAAGCACAAGGAAAUUAGGAGGAUGAUUCAGAGCAGGGCCCAAUUCCACAUGAAAAUAUCCAAAAGAAUGGACUCACAUCAAUAUGAUGUCAUGGAAGCAAAGAAGAAGCUUGAUGCUCUCACUGAAAAAUUGAGUGGUGGUUUACCCAAGCUGGACAACGCUUAUAGCAAUGAUGACGUUGCUGCUGCUAUGAACUGGGUCACUGACACGUACCGGGAACUUGGCAACUGUGUAGACUCAUACCGAGGGGAUUAUCCUAAAAUUGAAAUGAAUCUGUAUCAGAAGUUGCUGAUGAUGUCCAUGAACGUAUUAUAUAUGGAAGAUUUUGAGUCUGUAAAAGAAGACAUGUGCAUGCACCAAUGUCCCUUCGUUGAUCCCAGCAUUAUGGCUAAGCUCAACAUGUGCAUCAUAGAGGGUUUUGUCACAGUGGACAACUUUAAAUCAAAUGUGGAGACAUGGAAGGAGAGGAUAUGGAAGUUGAUUGCAGCAUCCUGGGAUAAUGGACAAAUGAGGGUGGCAUACCUCAGUAAGGAUGAAGACAAAAUCUACUUGAAUUGCUUGUCAGAAAGCUUUUCAUGUUGUGAGAAGUAUGUAAUAAAGCACAAGGAUAUUCUCACUUGUGUGAAGAGUGACCCAACAGUUGUGUUUUUGGAGUUAGCCUGGGACAACGUAAGAAAAGGAAUAAUUCGCAUUUUAAUCGAAAUGUAUUCCGACACACCCAUGGCCCAGCAUUUCAAGGGACUCUGCACUGGGGAACUAGGACCCACUUUCUUGAAAAAGAAGCUCAACAAUGUUGUUUACCCAAAUAGCGUAACGGAAAGGAUAAUUAGUGGACCUUGCAAGGGUAGCUUUUUCCACGGCGACAUAUCACAGGAUACGCUGGGCUUCAACAGUGCCGUGUACAAACGUCAGGCCAACCAAGGGAUUGUCUGGAUGGACACCAAUCUAUCUUUCUCCAUUCUUACUGGUGUAGGUCGAGGUUGCAUGUAUAAUAACGUCUUUGGACGAGUGACGGAUGGCCUCGACUUGCUCAUAGAUGCUGCUGAAUAUAUCAGGAAAGGACUCGGCAAGGUUGAAAUAUUCAACAGUGGUGUCGUGUUGGAAAUCUAAAACUAGUCUGUUCAGUUUUAUUUUUAUUUUUAUUUUUACUCCACUGUUUGAGACUUAAGGUAAUGUUUUUUAUUUUAUUAAAGAUUUUUAAUUGUAA